CAAUUCAGCCAUUGAGUUUUGGCCUGUCAAUUCGGGGAUUGAGAGGGGAGGGAAGCCUGAAGGAUAUUUUGACCGGAUUUGUUUGUUUUUCCCCGUGUAUUGAUGGACCAUUAAAGUAAAUUUGCAAUACAUUGGAUACAAUUGUGCGUGAGCUUGUCGUUGUGAAAAUGACGUCCCUCCCUAGUGAAGAUUUGUCGAGACUGCUGGCUACACUGCACCAGACUCGAGGCGGCGAUGAUUUCCAAGACAUAAACUUCCUCAGCCAGGUUUUGACUUCCAAAGGAAUGACAAACUUGCUUCGGGUGCACAAGAAAAUCAGUGCUAUAGUGGGCAAGCCCAACUCUGCCUCAGACACCAAUGGUGGUCUGGAAUACGAGCCAGAGAUGAUUGUUCCCAUCGUCUCAAAUGUGUUCAACAUCUCUUGUGAAGUGAUUGAAAUCCUUCAGAGCUUUGUGCAGCGCAGUGGAAGCAGGGAUUCCCGGGAGCUCAUCUUGCUGCUCCAACGCCCAGCUUUCCAAAGUCUCCUGUUGGUCCAUGAUACCAUAUCUCAGAAAGAUUAUGUUCCCAAAUUACCUGAACCUCCAUUUGACACUGUUGAUGAAGACGAAGAGACUAUCAAGAUUGUUCAGCUGGUCAAAAGCAAUGAACCAUUGGCUCAAACUGCUGAGCCUAUAGUGGGAGCGACGAUCAAGACGGACGAGCGGACGGGGAAGAUUGUCAUCGCUCGUGUGAUGCAUGGCGGUGCUGCCGAUCGGUCGGGAUUAAUCCAUCCCGGUGACGAGGUCGUCGAGGUCAACGGCAUCGAUGUAUUGGGCAAAACGCCCAACGAUGUCCUCGAGAUUCUCCAAAACGCCGAAGGAACCAUCACAUUCAAAUUAAUCCCGAGCGAAAGUCAAAGGCCGUCGAGGGAGAACCGCGUACGAGUUCGAGCGCUUUUUGAUUUCACGGCUGCCCUCGAUCGAUACAUUCCGUGCAAGGAAGCCGGACUGGAUUUCCGAAGAGGAGAUAUUAUUCAUAUCGUUAGUCAGGACGAUCCUUACUGGUGGCAGGCGAGACAUGAAGGCGAUAAACAGAUGCGUGCGGGAUUAAUUCCCAGCCGAAUGUUGCAAGAGAAACGCAUCGCUUACGAACGGGCCCACUCGGCUAAUAAUAACGCCGAUCAGCAAGAAAAGGGUUGCAGUCCGGCCCGCUCGAUGGGCUCCUUGAAAAGUGAAAGGAGCAGUCCCACUCAAAAAGUCAUGUACGCUCUGGCAGAGAACGAAGAUUUCGACCGGCAAGAGAUUGUCACUUACGAGGAAGUGGCCCGUCUGAUGCCGUACCCGGCCGUUCCCCGGCCCAUCGUUCUCAUCGGUCCCCCAGGUGUUGGCCGCAACGAACUGAAACGGCGUCUCAUCGCCCUCGACCCCGACAAAUUCCGCACAACAAUUCCAUAUACUUCGCGGUUGCCGAAACCGGGCGAAGCCGACGGAGUCGAUUAUCAUUUCCUCGACCGACAGCAGAUGGAGCGCGACAUCGACGACGGACUCUUUGUCGAAUUCGGCGAGUACAAGGGCAAUUUGUACGGGACGGCCAAUCGGAGUAUCAAGGAAAUUAUCGAACUGGGCUACACUUGCAUCCUCAAUCCUCACCAUCAGGCGCUGAAAACGUUGAGGACGGGCGAGUUUAAGCCGCACGUCGUCUACAUCAAACCGCCGGGCUUUGCCGUUUUGCGUGAAACGCGUUCGGCCGCCUACGCCCGUUCGACGUUCGACGAGAAUUCGUCGCGCGGAUUCACCGACGACGAGCUGGCCGAAAUGAUCCGCAGCGGCCAGCGGAUCGAACUCCAUUACGGCCACCUUUUCGACGACGUCAUCGUCAACGGCGACCUGUCGACGGCCUUUGAGCAGCUGCUGGUCGUCGCCCGCAAACUCGACACCCAAUCCCAGUGGGUCCCCGUGUCCUGGGUCGUCUGACGACCGUCUCUUUUCUCUUCUCUCUUUUUUAAUUCAUUUCGAUUUGAUUAGGCAUUCCCCCAAUUAAGAACAGACGAGACAAUUUUUAGACUUUUGACAGGUGAAGCUGAUGAGGAAAAUGAGUGAGAAAUACUCGGAUAGAUCUGUUAGCUAAUUAUUGAUAUAUUAUACAUAAUAACUGUUGAACCUGCCAUUCCCGUCCCUUUUUUAUUGACAAAAAACUGAUUGAUUUUAUAAUUUAUAUUUUUCGCCCGCCCCUCGUCCCAGUUGAGAAUAUUUCAGUUGCGUGCAGAGACUCAAAGUAUAACAAACAUUUCACGAUUUCUAGUCGCCGUUGUCUCUUCAAAAAUCUUCUUCUCUUUCGAUUGUUGCCCGACUAUGCAUUUUUCCAAUAUUUCAAUGUCUCAUCUCCCUUUUAUCCCACCCCACCCCCAGAAAUAGAAAUCUCUUCUUUUAUGAUUCAAUAAUUUAAUUGCCAUUAUCGUUCGCCUCAUCUAGUGUCCCCACACGAUUUUUUAACGGUUGUCAAAAAACCAAAUUUCUCAUUUGGUUUUUCCUUUUGUUUGGUUACGAUAUUUGUGUGUCCUCCCCCCUCUCAUGGUCAGUAAAAUCCCAGUAAAAAUAUUAAUGAGACAAAUUAACAGAAAAAUUCCUCUGCAUUUUGUUCCCCCUCGUCAUCUCGUUUGUAUCAUUUGCGCCAUUUUCCAUUCAAUGUAUAGGAAAUUGUCAGUU